UGUGUGUGUGUGUGUGUGUGUGUGUGUGUGUGUGUGUGCUGCUGCAGCGCCGCCUGCCGCCUGUCCGAGCCGCUGCAGCACCGCGGCGGGGAGCAGCUCCGGGUCACAUGAUGAAGCGUCCAGAAGCGGAGAGAAGCAGCCGUGCAGAGCUCCGCCAACCCACCGAGGCUGCACACACACUCACACACACACACACAGCUCCACCUCCACCUCCACCUCCGCGUCUCCAGGCAGGAUGUCUGUGCUGAAGCUGGAGGAGUACCGUCAGCAGAUCCGGACAGAGCUGGACCGGGUGGUCGACUUCUGGCUCAAACACUCCCAUGACACUGAAUAUGGAGGCUUUUUCACCUGCAUUGGCCGAGACGGGAAAGUCUAUGACGAGCUGAAGUACGUCUGGCUGCAGGGCAGACAGGUUUGGAUGUACUGUCGCCUGUACAGAACCAUGGAACGCUUCCGCCGGCCUGAGAUCCUUGAAGCUGCCAAAGCAGGAGGAGCAUUCCUCAGAAAGUUCGCUCGUGUUCCCAGCAGCAGUGGCGGCAGUGGCAGCAGUGGCGGCAGUGGCGGCAGUGGCGGCGAUUCGUGGAAAUGUGCUUUCUGUCUGACGCGGGACGGCAAAGCGGUCAAAGUCCAGAGGACCAUCUUCAGCGAGUGUUUCUACGUCCUGGCCUUGGAUGAGCUCAGCCGAGUCACCGGAGAUGUAGACAUGCAGGCGGAGGCCGAGCAGAUGCUGCAGCAGCUGGUCCACUGGGUUCGGGUCGACCCUUCGGGCCUGGGCCGGCUCCGGCUGCCCGGAGACGUUCCCACCAGCAGCAUGGCUGUUCCCAUGAUGCUCCUGUGCCUGGUGCAGCAGCUGAUGGAGGGGCGGGGCCAGGAGGCGGAGCAGCGGCACGGUGAGCUGGGCGCCUGGUGCGUGCAGCAGAUCCUGCAGCAUGUUCAGCGAGGCGGCAAGGCGGUGUUGGAGAACGUGUCAGCGGAGGGGGCGGAGCUUCCGGGCUGCCAGGGCCGACUGCAGAACCCAGGCCACGCCCUGGAGGCCGGCUGGUUCCUGCUGCAGUACGCUGCGCAGCGCGGCGACGGCGAGCUGCAGCGCACCGCCGUCGACACGUUCAUGGAGCUCCCCUACCAGCAGGGCUGGGACCAGGAGCACGGCGGCCUCUUCUACUUCCUGGACGUGGACGGCCACUGUCCCACUCAGCUGGAGUGGAGCAUGAAGCUGUGGUGGCCGCACUGCGAGGCGCUCAUCUCCUUCCUGAUGGCGUACCGUCGCACCGGCAACCCGCUGCUCCUGCACAGGUUCGCUCAGAUCUUCCAGUACACCUUCAGCCACUUUUCUGACGCUGAGCACGGCGAGUGGUUCGGGUAUUUGACGCGGGAGGGAAAAGUGGCGCUGGAUUUCAAAGGAGGCCCGUUCAAAGGCUUCUUCCACGUUCCUCGCUGCCUCCACAUGUGUGAGCUGAUACUGGACGAGCUGCUGGCCGGCGAGGGGCGCUGACUCCCCACGGGACGUCCCAAAUCAGGAUCGGUUCAAGGGUCCAGGACCGGCUGCUGACGCGUUGCCACCGUCUGCGUUGCUUGUUUAGACAUAAAUACGUUUCAAAAUGUGCCUUGGAUUCUGGAAAACGACACUUUUAACACGCUUAGCAAAACUGACACGAGUUAAUCCAAGUGAAGAUCCUGUGGAAUCAAGUGACAAAAAUGGCUAAUAAGCCAGUUUUGCAUCCUGAACCUUUAAACUUAAUUUUUUUCAAUUACAGAUUACUGCUGCAGCAAAUUAGACACACUAACAAACACAUUAAGAAGAGCAGAUGUCAUUUAAAGCCCCAACAGCCACCGAUUAAACCCCUAAAAAUCAUCUCUGUUAAUCAGUUUUACAUGUUUACAAGAUUUUGUUCCAUGCAAAAACAUCCUUUUAUGCCUUAAAAAAGCUUAAACUUUACACCUUUAAGCUCAUUAAAAAUGCACAGAUUUAUGAAUAUGCAAAUAGACCCACCCGCUCCCACUCGCCCGCUUGCACCCAGCCGCGUAAUCUGUUUCGUAUUUGAUAAUCUAUCCAUGGAAAUAAAAAAAAUCAGUGUCUCUCUUACGUACACUAAUAUUGUUCAUGUGGUGCAGCCAUUUCAAGUUGGUCUGGUUUAUUUUUAAAAAGAAUAAAACACUCAAAGCGACUGGCGGAGCUGCUGCUAAUGAUAUGCAAAGUACCGCACUGUCAGCUGACGUCUGAUUGGCUGAGGCAUUUGUCACGUAGCCAAUCCAGCUGACCCGGCGUCUGUUUGAAUCUCAGAUUUCAGAGCUGUGCACACACACUGGAGUGCGGAUCGGGUUGCAUGUUUUUAAUCCGAACCCGAUCCAGGUUUGAGAUUUUGCUCGUCCUCCAUCGCCUAAGUGUUGCCUUCAGUGUCAUCACGUAAAUCGCAGCACUGUAGUAAGUUACCCAGAACAGAUAGCAGGUCCAUCAUUUUUCACUGAAUUAACGCAGACAUGACUGAACCCGACCCAGUCCUGAAUAUAAUUUCUAAAUUUUUUUCCAAACCCGACAGGCUCAGGUCGGGUAUCCACUCUAACACACACCUCCACCCUCAGUAGCGGAGUGUGAAAACACCUCAUCACAAAGUUUGCACAGAUACAAGUCAGUGUAGUGAAGGUCAGACAUUGUAGGAGACAGAAACAGAAGGAAAACACAUUUUUGGGUGGAGUGGAACUUUAAAACUUUAGAUUCCUGUUGUGGUGUGAACCAUAGCGCCUGUUCAGAUUUUGAGUAUGUCCGCUAAAACACAUAUGGUGAGAGGUGAAGUUUACUUUGUGAAAUUUACUUUAGUAGUGUUUAACAAAGGUACAAUAUGUAAUUUUAUUAUGAUUUAGCACCAUCUAGUGGCUGUUUCGGUCUGCCCCUCAUUACAGACUCAACACGUCGGGAGUUAUAAGACAAAUAAUUUAAUUUGUCAUAGUAAGAGGCUGUGUUUUUACAAAUUUACACAUAAAGUUAGAAACAUUUAAACCUGCAGGAAGCAAGACAAACUUUUUCGGCUCCAACGGCACAAGAGCAGCAAAUGGAAAUGCCGUCAAUUGGUCAUUUGCACGUUUGAGCACAAAUAAUUACGUACUGCACCUUUAUUAACUUACUCCACGAUGACACUAUCUUCUGGAUGUUUCUUUGGUUCUGCGUGUCGGUUCUGCUUCUGUAAGGCCGGUGUUGGGUCAUUUUUCAGGUAUUUUUUGCAGUACUAAUACUUAACUACACGUUUGGUGAUGGUUCCCCCUACAGUUUUGUUGCAGUACUGCAGUAAUGAAGUGGUUUUGCUUUUCUAGACAUCACUGGUCAUUAUUGCCUGUCAUAUGACGUUUUAUUAGGUUUUACUUCUUCAACAACAUGCCAGUCACAUUUCAGAAUGUAUGUGUGUGUGUGUGUGUGUGUGUGUGUGUGUGCGCAAGUGUGUGUGUGUGGUCAGUCCAAUCCCUAAAAUGAGACACUAUUUUUGAAGAAAUGUGACUUUACUCUUACAAAAUGUUUGCUGGCGUCAGUGUGGAUUAUCAUUAUUAUCACAAUAACAAAUCACUGUAAUGUGCGAUUGAUCAGGCCAAAUAUUGAUCAGUAUUACGUCGACUUACCUCUUAAUUACAUGUUUCAUAUUCAAUAUUGAUUGCAGCUUUAAGAUCCGUCAUGUGAUGUCGUGCGAUUUGAGUUCUACUUUUUCUGUUUUCCAGCUUUUAAGAUGUUUGAAGUCAUUUGUAUUUUUUCCAGAUUAUUUUGAGGCAGUUCCUGUUCAAAUGUCACCAGUUCCUACCUAAAGAAGGGAAUACCACUUUAACAUCCAGCUCCAGCUUUCACCCCUGCUUUGGUUUGUCUGGUAGCUCGACGGGGUUUGAUUGACAGGAGGGGCGGGGCAUCACUUCGUCAGUCAAACGGCGAGCAGAGCUGCUUUUAAUGUGAAAAUGUUGAAGUUGAUUUCUGUGCUGUUUGGAACUUGAAUGGGAGUGAAUGAGGCUGAGAAGUUUGGCAAAAUGUUUUUUUUUUUUUUUUUUUUAAAUCA